AAUUCAUGCUAAUAGGUUGACUGACCGAUACUAUUCCUUGUAUUUGAAGAAUCAACUUUAUACAGUAUUCAUCUAUCCACGUCGCAAACUAUUACUUUUACAACUACAGCCUAUUCCCUAAUCGACAUUGACGAUGCAGUGGUACCUGGUUGCCUUAUGCCUCGUGUUUGUCCUGCCACCAGCGUACUCUAAUUCUCUCAGCGGUACGGUGGAAUUAAACGAUUACACCUUUGAUAAGAUCCUUAAAAGGUUUGAUGCUACGCUGGUAAAGUUUGAUGUGGCGUUCCCCUAUGGCGACAAGCACGACGCCUACACCGCACUGGCAAAGGACGCGAAGGAAGAGGACGAUUUGCUGAUCGCCGAAGUGGGAGUGAAGGAUUACGGAGACAGGGAUAACGAAGCAUUGGCGAAGAAGUACGGCGCUACAAAGGACAAUUUCCCGGUAGUGAAGCUAUUUAUAAAGGGGAAGAAGGAGCCGAUCACUUACAACCCGGAGAAAGAGUUUACAAGCGAUGAGCUUCGUCGUUUCGUGCGGGAACACACCGGGGUGCACCUGAGCCUGCCGGGCUGCGUGCGGAGCCUUGAUAAGCUGGCCGUCAAGUUCAUGAAGGCUGACAGUGAAGACAGGAAGAAAAUUCUCAAUGAUGGUGAAGAUACCUUCAAAAAAUUGCCUAGCAAGCAAGCUAACUCCGGAAAGAUCUACAAGACAAUCAUGGAGAAGAUCAUUGAGAAAGGUGACGGGUUUGUCAAGACUGAACACGAGAGAAUCACCAAGCUGCUCAACGGGAAACUGUCGGAAGAGAAAAAGAAGGAGAUGGGACAGAGAAUCAACAUCCUUCAGACGUUCCAGUUGCAUGAGACCAAAGAGGAAAAAGAAGAGCUGUGAUUUUAUUAAUCUUUAGCUUACACGCAAAUGGGCGUUUUCAGAAAUAAAUAUUAAAAACCUGAUUCUUUCACAUCUGGACUUUCUUGGGCUCAUUCUACUCAGAAUCGACAGCAUUCUCCAUCCCACCAUAAAAAAAGAUGUCCCAAAAUGUCCAUUCCAUUACGUCACGUUUUAGUAUGAAAAAAAUUUUCACUUGUAUGUGCGUGACAUAGUGGAAUGUACAAUUUUCAUACAAAUUUUUGGGAUAUUUUAUUUUAUCAUCAGAAUUGAAUAUGCUAGUGAUUCCGAGUUGAAAGAACCCAAAAACACUGGGAUCUGUGAGAAUCGGGUUUUCGAUAUUUAUUUCUGAAAACGCCCAAAUUCCUACUAAUAUAAAUUAUUCCCUCUUUAUACAAAUAAGAUAUGGAGUAAUGGAACAAUCUAGUAUUACUUUAUACAGGUGUCAUUUUAAAUGAUUUUAUGUGUGUUUUUUGCACUACCAAGACAUUCCAAAUUCAAAGUAAUAUAUUGCACAAUAUAUUUAGGUAUAGGUAUAUGUAAUUUUAUUUCCUAUAUCAACUAGGUAAGUUGAAACUAUGUAAAGCCAUAAAUGGGUUUCACACCUGAUCUUGCUAGUUAGAUAUUGUCAUUUAAAAACUAAACUCUUAAGAUAGACAGUGUCACAAAACUUUGACAUUGUUAUGCUAGCCCAAUGGGUGAACUUUUUAAAAUGGGCCAGUGGCAACUAGCAUAAGGUAGGUAUAAGUUAAUGUAGCACCAAACUUGCAUUAUACAUUUUAACUGAUUGGGCCUACCUUAAACCCUCUAAUUAGCCUAAUUCAUUAUUUAGGGGCAAAAAUACAAAAAAGCCAGUGUGUAUCAGAUUUAAUCAUCUUUCAGAAGUUUAAUAUGUCUUGAAUACUUUCAAAUUGCAUAGAACUCUUUUGUUAUACAGUAGGUACUUGGUAAUCUGACUCCUGAAAUUUUCACCUAUACCAUAUUGUUGGGACUGCUGGAUUAUUGGAUUUGUAUGGAAAAUAAAAGCAUAUUUAAAAAAAAAAUUCUACAUAUCAUCAUAAGCAACUGCUCUGUAAUCAGGUGUUUGAUUGUGUCACCUGAGUCACUGAUUGCUGUAAUACCGAACGCCUACUGUAUUUAAGUAAGUUUAUGUCACUAUUCUCUUACUGAAGAACUAAAAUAGCCCUGACUCCUUUAUGACUCAUCAUUACAGCUAAAAUACUCAGCUUCAUAUCUGACAUUUCACGGGUAAAAGUAAAUGCAGUGCAACUCGACGUCCAACUGCCUAAUAAGGUACCUUUACUCGAGGAACGUCACAUAUUUAACCUUUUGAACGCCAAGAACACCUAAAGGUGUCUUACUAGCCGUGCUCACCGCGCCAAGAACUAUAGGUGUUAUGGCGGACGCUGUCAGUCAUUCACACUUAAGAGUAGGGUUUACAUUAGCUCGCUUGCGCCCAGGAUCUUGGCGUUUGAAUAAUGUUUGUGUUUAUUGUUUAUGACAUAAAGCGUUCAAAAGGUUAAUACAUGUAUCACAUAUGAUUACCAGAAUAUGAGCAUUGGAUUAAAUCAUACACGUGUUUUGUAACGUGGAAAUAAUUGCCUCCUUUUUACGGUUCGCCGGUCAUAAAACCUGGCUAUUGUUUAUCCAGUCAGUCGAGUUUCACAAUAGGCCGAAUUGAACUGUUAUUGCUCGGCAUUGUACUUGUUUGUGUACUUGCAAUCUUGCUUGUAUCAUUUUAAUUUUGCACAACGUGUGAUGAAUGUAUGAAAUACAUUAGUGUGUAAAAUUU